AUGCAGGUCAAGAACAUUCUCUGCACCGUCCUUGGCAUGGCCACCACUGCUGUCUGGGCUGGUCCAGUCGACCAAAGCCCUACAAAAGACUCACUCGACACACGAGUGGUUCUUGAGAGCGCUCCACCAGUGUGCGACUACCGACUCACAGACAAGCAGGAGAUUGGUACUUGUAAGAAGAACUCCUACGGGAAGUCCGUCAAGAUUACGCCAAGUGUUUGCGAGGAAUAUUGCGAGUGCAAGUGGCACAUGGAGGCGAGCAAUGCCUUUAUCUAUUGUCAAAAUUAUGCUGAGUGCAACCCGAAUGACAUCGCAAAGAUCUGUACCAAGAACUGCAGCUGCCCAAACUGGACCGACCAAGAGAGCUGA